AAACUCCAAAAAGAGAUAAUCUGUCUUCACUCUCACCUGACAUUGUUCUUUACGCCCUUCAAAACCAUAACCUAACAAAGCUCUCAAAGGCCAAACCCCACCCCUCACUCUCUUUUAUUAAUCUCUGCCCUUCAUUUCUUUCACCAUUUCCAUUGAUUUUUUAACAAUGGCAGCAACUUCCUUAACCCUCUCAAGAUUCCUCUCACCGGCCGCCGCCAUUUCAUUAUCCAGGACCACCAAGCUUUCCUCUAAAUCCCUUCCUUUAAAGCUCUCCUCCGUUUCUCCCCUUUCCUUCAACCUCCACCGCCGCCGCGUUUCAAAACCCAUUUCCUUUUCCACCAAAACAACCCAAAUCUCCGCUGCUAUCUCCGUCGGAGAUAAGCUUCCUGACGCAACACUCUCCUACUUCGAUUCCGAUGGUGAACUCCAAACCACGACGAUCUCUUCCCUCACCGCCGGCAAAAAAACCGUCAUCUUCGCUGUCCCCGGUGCUUUUACCCCCACUUGUUCCCAAAAACACCUCCCUGGGUUCGUUGAGAAAUCUGGGGAACUCAAAGCCAAAGGGGUUAACACCAUCGCCUGUGUUUCGGUGAACGAUGCGUUUGUGAUGCGAGCUUGGAAGGAAAAUCUGGGUAUCAAAGAUGAAGUCCUUCUGUUAUCGGAUGGUAAUGGGGAAUUCACUAAGAAAAUUGGGUGUGAAUUGGAUUUGACCGAUAAGCCUGUUGGACUUGGUGUUCGUUCUAGAAGGUAUGCUCUCUUGGCUGAAGAUGGUGUCGUUAAGCUUCUUAAUUUAGAAGAAGGUGGUGCUUUUACUUUCAGUGGAGCUGAAGAUAUUCUCAAAGUGCUGUGAUUUUUCGAGAGAUUAAUAAACAUCGGCUACUUCUUUUGUUUGGCUAGUUUUUAGUUUACUUUUGUAAUAAAAUUGACCAAAAUCUGAGAACUUUCUGAUGAAUGAAUGAUAUUUUUCCUUUGAA